AUGAAUGGGAAAUUUACCACCAUUGUGGAAUCACGGUGCAAGAUUACGGUGACAACCAUUUAUGUUACAAAAGCAAACGGUGGUUGUCUUUUGAGUGGGUCAACUGCAGAAGAGCUAGGACUAAUCAGCUUGCAUUUGAAUAUGGUACAAAUAACAAAAUCAUCCCAAACACCACCAACGUUUACAUCAAUGAAAGAUAAUCGAGUACAACAUGUUGUCCAGAAGUAUCCAAAUGUUUUUUUUUGUGGCCCCGGGAAAUUACUACAUCAAACAGUCGAACUGCUUGUUGACAAAGAUGUAAAACCAGUUACUCAGCGUCAACGUCGCAUUCUAUUCCACAUGAGAGCUAAAGUCGAUGCAGAGUUAAGUCGGUUACGGGAUGAGGACAUCAUUGAACACGUACCAGAUACAGAAGCAACUGAAUGGAUAUCUCCAAUCGUCAUAGUGCCAAAAAAGACGACAAUAUUCACCUACAUAUUGACAUGCGCGCGGCAAACACCGCUAUUAAACGAAUUUGACACCCCUUACCAAUGGUGCAUGACAUUUCGCAUGAGCUAA